AUGACUGAUACAGAGAAAUACGAUCGUCAACUUAGACUCUGGGGAGAGGAAGGUCAAGCUACACUUGAGAAGUCACACAUCUGUCUAAUCAAUGGCACUGCAACAGGCACAGAGACUCUGAAGAACCUGGUCCUCCCAGGAAUUGGAGCAUUCACAGUAGUAGAUGGACAGAAGGUCACUGCCUCUGAUCUGGGCAACAACUUCUUUUUGGAUCAAUCUUGCAUUGGUCAACCAAGAGCACAAAAGGUGACAGAGUUUCUUAGAGAGUUGAACGAUCGUGUCAAGGGAUUCUCUUGUGACGAAGAUCCCAUCCAGCUUAUCAACGAGAAGAUCAGCUUCUUCAAGGACUUUGACUUGGUCAUUGCCAACCGUCUACCAGAGUCAGCUCUCCUCACCCUGGCACAAUACCUCUGGGGUCUCAACAUCCCCCUCGUCGUAGUCUCUGCCUAUGGAUACAUUGGUUACCUUAGAUUGGCUGCUCCAGAGCAUGCAAUUAUCGAGUCCAAGCCAGAUACACCAUUGGAUGACUUGAGAAUCUACAAUCCAUUCAAGGAGGUGGAGGUGUUGGCUGAUGAGUUGAAGUUGGAAGGUCUCAACUCACACGAGCACGGACAUGUGCCAUACAUCUUGUUGAUGAUCUACUUCUUGAAGAGGUGGAGAAACGAGAAGUCCAACGGCAAGAUGCCAGAGACCAGAGCCGAGAAGGAGGAGUUCAAGCAGUUCUUCAUCUCGCACUCGAGAAACUACCACGACGAGCUGAACUUUAGAGAGGGAGUGCAGGGACUCUGGAAGGCUUUGCAGCCACCAUCAAUCUCGUCCGACAUCAAGGACAUUCUGAACGACGCCAACGCUGCCAACAUCACCGAGACCUCCACCGACUUUUGGGUGUUGGUCGCUGCCCUCAAGAAGUUUGUCGAGGUGCACGGUGUGAUGCCCCUCCAAGGCAACAUCCCAGACAUCACCGCCGACACGGUCAGCUAUGUCAACCUGCAACAGAUCUAUCACGACAAGGCACUUGCCGACCUCGAUGAGUUCACCGCCAAGGUGUCAGCGAUCGUUUCAGCCGCAGGCCGCUCAUCGGUCCCAGCCGAGCUGAUCAAGAAGUUCUGCAAGAACUCCAGGUUCUUGUGUCUGAUCAGAUACAGGUCGUUGGCUGAGGAGCACGCGUCGCCCAAGUCGGCCACGCUCGUGUCGGACCUGGAGCAGCCAGAUUCCAACCUUGUAUUCUAUAUCCUGUUGCGUGGCGUCGAGCGAUUCUACCAGACCUACAACAGAUACCCUGGAUUCAACGAUGAGGACGUCGAGGGUGACAUUGCGCUGCUAAAGAACAGUCUCUCCACGCUGCUCACCGAGCUCUCGGUGCCAUCCCAGCUGAUCAAGGAUGAGUACAUCACUGAAAUCACUCGCUAUGGCAGCUGUGAGCUGCACAACAUUGCCUCGCUGAUGGGUGGCGUCGCUUCACAGGAGAUCAUCAAGCUGAUCACUCACCAGUACGUCCCCUUGAACAACUCUUUCAUCUUUAAUGGAAUCAACAGCACUGCCAACAACUACUCAUUGUAA